GUAAACUAUGCUUAAUUACCGAAGCGCAAAUCGGAAGAAAACGCAUACACAACAUAACCUCAAACUAUUUUGUUUUCGGCACAUUACACGGUUUAUUAAAAUAAUAUAAUCAUGGCGCUCACAAAGCCGAAAUCGGAGAUGUCAUCGGAAGAACUGCAAGCACGCGAAGAGGAAGAAUUCAACACAGGACCUCUAUCAGUCUUGACGCACUCCGUCAAGAACAACACUCAGGUUUUAAUUAACUGCCGUAACAAUAAGAAACUGUUGGGUCGAGUGAAAGCUUUUGAUCGGCACUGUAAUAUGGUGCUGGAGAACGUUAAAGAGAUGUGGACUGAGGAACCGAGACCGGGCAAGGGAAAGAAAAAGUCCAAACCCGUUAACAAAGAUAGAUUCAUACCUAAAAUGUUUUUGAGAGGAGAUUCGGUCGUUCUGGUUGUUAGAAACCCCAUUAAUCCUAGUAGUAAAUAGUGUGUUUUUAGUUUGGUAAAAACAACGUAUUAUUACAUAAUUUUUGUAAACCGGAAGUAACUUUUAAGGUUGAAAUUCUUAUCUUUCAUUUAUUUAGUAUGGAAUACUUGACUUACUUUAAGAAUGAAUAAAAACAUCAAAGACUA